GGGAGGGGCAUGAGCACAGCUUUAUAACCCCUCUUGGCAGAGAUCUCAACUUCACUCUACUGAGAAAGGAGAGGGGCUGUCUCUGCCAUGUCGUACUAUGAGCAUAUCGUCCUGGACUAUGACUUGAAUGACACAGGUUCAGGUUCUGGUUCUGGUGAGGUAGGGGAGGAUCUGGAGGAGCCCUGUCAGGUGGAGCAUGUGAUGACCACUGAGAUUCAGCGGGUCUUCUUGCCAGUGGUCUAUACUCUCAUCUUCAUCCUUGGCAUCACUGGAAACAGCCUGGUGGUCAUAGUGCUGGGCUGCCAGCGCAGGUCAAAAUGCAGCCUCACAGAUUGGUAUCGCCUCCAUCUCUCAGCUGCUGAUCUCCUCUUUGUUCUGGCGCUGCCCUUCUGGGCCGUGGAGGCAGCCAUGUCUGACUGGCGCUUUGGGGAGGCCACCUGCAUUGGCGUGCAUGUGAUCUAUACGGUCAACCUGUACGGCAGCGUACUCAUCCUGGCAUUCAUCAGCCUGGACCGCUACCUGGCAGUAGUCCGAGCCACAGAUACCAACACCAGUGGACUGAGGCAGCUGCUGGCACACAGGCUGGUGUAUGUAGGUGCCUGGUUGCCUGCUGGCCUGCUGGCAGUGCCCGACUUGAUUUUUGCCAGGACUCAGGAAGGGGGAGAGGGAGCCACUCUGUGCCAGAGAUUCUACCCAGCACACAGCGCUCCUCUCUGGGUUGCCGUCUUCCACCUCCAGCUGGUCCUGGUGGGUCUGGUCAUCCCCGGCCUGGUCCUGCUGGUGUGUUACUGCGUCAUCGUCACCAGGCUGACCCGGGGCCCACUGGGGGGCCAGAGGCAGAAGCGACGAGCAGUCAGGACCACCAUUGCUUUGGUACUCUGCUUCUUUGUGUGCUGGCUGCCCUAUGGUGCGUGCAUCUCUGUAGAUGCUCUGCUGCGUCUGGAGGUCCUGCCCCGCAGCUGCAGGCUGGAGGCUGUUCUCAGUAUGUGGCUGGCAGUGGCUGAGCCCAUGGCAUUCACCCACUGCUGCCUGAACCCGCUGCUCUACGCCUUUCUGGGGGCAGGAUUCAAGAGUUCAGCCCGAAGAGCCCUUACUCUGAGCCGUGCAUCCAGUUUGAAGAUUUUACCACGAAGGCGCGGAGGGGCCUCCACAACCACAGAGUCUGAGUCCUCCAGUUUACAUUCCAGCUAGUGUUUUUUUCUGCUGUGUAUAUGUGUAUAUACUGUAUAUGUGUGUGUGAGGACAUUUACACAGAGCAACUGAGCAGGAGUAGUCUGCUGGCCCAUGACUUGCCUUCUGCCUCA